AUGUCUCCAUGGAUUCAAGAGCUUCAUUUCCCUCGCCUCGAAAUCCCCAUUACCAUAGACCACAUGUCUUCAGUGAUGCCUGCAGGGCCUAUCCCAAUUGCUCAUGGCCAAAGUCUGUAUCUCUCUAACCUUGAUAACAUGAUUGGAUCUCGGGUCUUCACUCCAACAGUCUAUUUCUACUCAUCAAAUCACCACAAACCAGUCAUGAAGACCUUGCGCAAUGCCCUUUCGUGUGUCUUGGUCCCGUACUACCCUUUCUCUGGUAGGCUCCGAGAGACCAAGAAUGGGAAGCUCGAAGUCUUCUUCGGGCCAGAUCAAGGCGCUCUCAUGGUGGAGGCACAUGCCGAGAUGGUCUUAGCUGAUUUAGGCGACCUCUCAGUGCCAAACCCGGCAUGGAUUCCAUUGAUCUUCAGGUUCCCUGACGAAGAGCCCUACCAACUCCUUGACAUGCCUUUGCUCAUAGCUCAGGUGACUCUUUUUAGCUGUGGAGGUUUCAGCAUUGGUUUGAGGCUCUGCCAUUGCCUCUGCGACGGACUUGGUGCAAUGCAACUUAUUAGAUCAUGGGCUGCAACUGCAAAAGAAGGGGAAUUAGUCGCGGACCCUGAGCCAUGUUGGGAUAGAGAGUUCUUCAAACCUCGCGAGCCACCUUUGGUAAAGUUCCCACACAUUGAGUUCAUGAGAAUUGAAGACCGUUCAAGCCUGACCAAAAGUAUAUCUCAAGCUCAGCCAAUUCAAAAGUGUUAUAGGAUUAGCCACAAGUUUCAAUCAUGGUUGAAAACUGUUGCUCAAAAAGAUGAGAUCACAUCCUGCUCUACAUUUGAUGCCAUGGCAGCUCAUAUUUGGAGAUCAUGGGUUAAGGCACUUGACGUGAAGCCACUUGACUGUGAGCUUAGGCUCUCAUUUUCUGUCAAUGCUCGCCAGAAGCUGAAGAACCCGCCAUUAAAAGAUGGGUUCUAUGGCAAUGUGGUUUGCGUAGCAUGUGUGACAAGCACAGUCUCCAACCUUAUCAACGGUAGUCUCUCUGACACAGCUUGUUUAGUACGUGAAGCACAAAUGGGAAUCACCGAGGAGUAUGUGAAGUCAACGGUCGACUAUGUCGAGGUGGACAUGCUGAGGAGGCUGGAGUUUGGAGGCAAAUUGACUAUAACUCAGUGGACAAGGUUUUCACUUUAUGAGUCUGCUGAUUUUGGGUGGGGAAGGCCUAUUUAUGCUGGUCCUAUUGACUUGACUCCAACACCGCAGGUUUGUGUUUUCUUGCCUGAGGGAGAGGCUGAUUCUGGCGGGGCCAUGGUGGUGUGUCUUUGCUUGCCUGAAUUCGCAACCGAUAACUUUACGAGGUUUUUCAAUUUGAUUGAUUCUGAGAAGGAAAAUGUCGAUGCUAGUAAAAGUUGGCCAGUGUUUUUAAAGUGA